AAAAUCUAAAUGGUGAGCUGUGAUGAUAUGCAGGAGGGUUUGGGAAAUAAAACGGGCCACCAAUGCUGCAGCAAACGGAAGGUGAAGAGAGGGUUAUGGUCUCCAGAUGAAGACGAGAAGCUAAUAAAAUAUAUAACCACCCAUGGCCAUGGUUCUUGGAGUUCUGUUCCAAAGCUAGCAGGGCUGCAAAGGUGUGGAAAGAGUUGUAGAUUGAGAUGGAUAAACUACUUGAGACCAGAUCUCAAAAGAGGUUCGUUUACUGCACAAGAAGAAAGUAUCAUCGUUGAGAUUCACAGAAUGCUAGGCAAUAGAUGGGCUCAAAUAGCUAAGCAUUUGCCUGGUAGAACUGACAAUGAGGUCAAGAACUUCUGGAACUCGUGCAUCAAAAAGAAGCUCAUUGCACAAGGGUUAGAUCCAAAAACUCAUAAUCUCCUCUCUAAUAAUUACAAACAUAACAAUAACAAUAAUGCAUGCAAACUGAUCUCUUAUCAAUAUUCCCAUCAACAAACCACCUCAACUUUCACAGUAGAUUCACAAAUCAAUGAUAUUUCAAUGGAUAUGAAAGCACCCCUCAUUCCAUUCCCUACGAUUCCCCAAGUUCCUGAUACCAAUCCAUAUCCCCCCUUGUUGCACAAAUUCUCUUCCAUAUCAACAUGUGAAUACCAAAACCCUAAUACACUAGCUUUCUUGGAGUCUGGAAGCAAGUCUUCAAUCGGAAGUGUCCCUGUAUCCUCUUCUGCUUCACAUCCAUCUGAGUUUGGCAUGCUAGAUGAGAGCUGCAUGUGGGCUGGUGGCUAUGAACUCAUUCAAUCCAUAAAAUCUGAAAAAGAGCAGCCAGAACAGCAAGUGGAAACGAUUGAGAAGACCAAUGAGUUAAUAAGUGCUGGGCAGAAUAUGGUUGCUUCAUUUGAAACUUCCACCUUCGAUUUUGAUUUUGUGGAGUCUACUCUAUUGCCUUGUGGGAUGUACUAUAACCCUAGUCCCAUAGUUCAACCUGCAUGGAAUUCAUGGGCCUUGCAAGAGAAAAAGUGAUUGGUGCGGCGAUGAGAGAUUUCACUCUGCAUAAAUUUUUCAAACUAGUACUGGUAUGCUUGUGAAUGGUAUUGGUAAUUAAGAAGUAGUACGUAAUAUAUUCUGAAAGACGCUAUGAAGAGUUAAAGCAAUGGGGUUUUUCUUGUGUUAUUGUUUUAAGUAUAGUUUCUAGCCAGGUGGACUAAUUAAUUCUGUAACUUGGAUUGUGAUGGAUCGGUAGUACGGAAGAAGGCUUUGUAAAUUUGUAUCCAAUAAUUAAGUGACGUCCCUUCCCUUGUUAAUUUCCCCCCUUUUUUUAUAAUAUAAAUCAUUGUGUCUA